UCGUAGCCAAAGAUGAGCCAAAGAAUCCUUGCCAACCAUCUCCUUGUGGACCGAAUAGCCAAUGCCGUGAAAUUAAUAAGCAAGCGGUGUGUUCCUGCUUGCCGGAUUACAUCGGCAAUCCGCCAAACUGCAGACCGGAAUGUACGGUGAGCUCUGAAUGUGCUCAGAACAAAGCGUGCAUCAAUCAGAAAUGUACCGAUCCCUGCCCUGGAACUUGCGGCCUGAACACUCAGUGUAACGUAGUGAACCACAGCCCCAUCUGUAGUUGUCUGUCGGGUCAUACAGGCGAUCCAUUCACUAGGUGUUACCCAAUUCCGCCUCCCACACCAACUAUAAUUGAAGAAGUUAACCCAUGCAUACCAUCACCUUGUGGUCCUAACGCAGAGUGUCAGAAUGUACAGGGAUCCCCCAUAUGCAGAUGUUUGCCUACAUUCAUUGGAAAUCCACCCAACUGUAGACCCGAAUGCGUUAUCAAUCAAGAAUGCUCUAGUAACUUAGCCUGCAUUAGACAAAAAUGUUCAGACCCAUGUCCAGGCUCUUGUGGAUUCGGCGCUCAAUGUUCUGUAAUAAAUCACACACCGAUUUGUAGUUGUCCAGACGGAUACACCGGUGAUCCGUUUGUUAAUUGUGUCCUUAAACCUCCCGAGGCUCCAAAACCAGUGGAAACUGAUCCAUGUAAUCCAUCUCCAUGCGGAUCCAAUGCUCAAUGUGCCAAUGGAAUAUGUACAUGUUUGCCUGAAUAUCAGGGUGAUCCUUACAGAGGAUGUAGGCCAGAAUGUGUCUUAAAUAGUGACUGUCCACGGGACAGAGCCUGUAUCAGAAAUAAGUGUGUUGACCCUUGUCCUGGAACCUGUGGAACUAAUACUGUAUGCUCUGUAAUAAACCAUAUUCCUAUGUGUUCAUGCAUUGACGGAUAUACAGGAAAUGCCUUUGUGAUUUGUUCACGGAUUCCACCCGAAGCACCUAAAAACCCAUGUAAUCCAUCACCAUGUGGACCAAAUACUCAAUGUCGUGAGAUAAAUGGACAAGCUGUUUGUUCUUGUGUACCAAACUUCAUCGGAUCACCACCUACAUGUAGACCCGAAUGCGUAACUAGUUCCGAAUGUCCCCUAAAUCAAGCCUGUAUUAAUCAAAAGUGUAUUGAUCCAUGUCCAGGCACUUGCGGCAUAAACGCCCUAUGUCAAGUGAUUAAUCAUAAUCCGAUAUGCACUUGUUCCAACGGAUUCACUGGCGAUCCGUUCAUUAGAUGCACGCAAAUUCAACAAGUACCAGUCGAAUACAAGAAUCCUUGUAAUCCUUCUCCGUGUGGUCCAAACGCGCAGUGUAGAGAAAUAAACGGAUCUCCAUCGUGUUCUUGUUUGGAAAAUUAUAUUGGACAGCCGCCCAAUUGCAAACCAGAGUGUGUCAGCAAUAGUGAAUGCCCCAAUCAUUUGGCGUGUAUAAAUCAAAAAUGCAAAGACCCGUGUCCAGGGACUUGCGGACAAAACACCGAAUGUCGAGUUAUUAGUCAUACCCCUAAUUGUGUAUGUUUACCUGGAUUUACUGGAGAUCCAUUUACUAUCUGCUCUUUAGAAGUGAAACCUAUACCUGUUGAAAGGCCCACACCCUGCUUACCUUCUCCAUGUGGAGCAAAUGCUAUUUGUAGAGAACAAAAUGGUGCCGGAACUUGCUCGUGCUUACCUGAAUUUAUCGGAAAUGCCUAUGAAAGUUGUAGACCAGAAUGCACUAUUAAUUCCGAUUGUCCAUCCAAUAAAGCUUGCUUAAGAAAUAAAUGCGUAGACCCUUGUCCAGGCACUUGUGGACAGAAUGCAGAAUGUCAAGUCGUUAAUCAUUUACCAUCUUGUACAUGUCUACCGAGAUUCACUGGUGAUCCAUUCCGAUUCUGUCAUUUAAUACCCCCUGAAGUAACUAAAGAUGAAGGUACUCCUUGUCAACCAUCACCUUGUGGACCUAAUAGUCAAUGUCGCGAAGUAAACGGUCAAGCAGUGUGUUCUUGUUUGCCUAAUUAUAUCGGUAGUCCCCCUGGUUGCAGACCUGAGUGUACUGUGAGCACAGAAUGUCCCAGUACAAAAGCAUGUAUUAAUCAAAAAUGUACUGAUCCUUGUCCUGGAACGUGUGGAUUAAACGCAAACUGUCAAGUAGUAAACCAUAGCCCUAUAUGUAGUUGCACGAAUGGAUUUACGGGUGAUCCGUUUACGAGAUGUUAUGCCAUACCACCUCCAGAACCAGCAAAACCGAUUUAUGACCAAAAUCCUUGUUUGCCUUCACCGUGUGGACCAAAUAGUCAAUGUCGCGAUAUCGGUGGAAAUCCGUCAUGUUCCUGCUUACCAACAUACAUAGGAAGCCCACCCAAGUGUCGUCCAGAGUGUACUAUUAAUUCUGAAUGCUCCAGUAACUUGGCUUGUAUACAACAGAAGUGCAGAGAUCCAUGUCCAGGUUCAUGUGGCACUAAUGCCCAGUGCUCUGUAAUUAAUCACACACCAAUAUGCACCUGUAUUGAGGGAUAUAUUGGUGAUCCGUUUACUUUAUGUUCUCCUAAACCACCUGCAUUACCAGAACCAGUAGAAACUGAUCCGUGCAAUCCUUCACCUUGUGGUGUUAAUACUCGGUGCAAUGAUGGGGUUUGUACAUGCCUUCCAGAAUAUCAAGGAGAUCCGUAUCGUGGAUGCAGACCUGAAUGUGUACUUAACGCUGAUUGUCCAAAAGAUCGAACAUGCAUUAGAAAUAAAUGUCAAGAUCCUUGCCCUGGUACAUGUGGUACUAAUGCUGAAUGCGCAGUUAUUAAUCAUAUUCCAAUUUGUUCCUGCUUGACAGGAUACACAGGAAAUGCUUUCGUUAUUUGUUCCAAGAUUCCAGUUGAGAUUCCUAAAAAUCCAUGCCAACCUUCGCCAUGUGGUCCCAAUAGCCAAUGUCGUGAAAUUAAUGGCCAAGCGGUAUGCUCGUGUGUACCAGGUUUUAUCGGAAGUCCACCAACCUGCCGGCCGGAAUGCGUUACUAGUUCCGAAUGUGCUCUAAAUAAAGCGUGUCUUAAUCAAAAAUGCAUUGAUCCUUGCCCAGGCACAUGUGGUUUAAAUGCACAAUGCCAAGUUGUUAAUCAUAAUCCUAUUUGCAGUUGUCUACCAGGUCAAACAGGCGAUCCCUUUACUAGAUGUUUACCAAUAAGAGAAGAACCUGUAGUAGCGACCAAUCCUUGUCAACCAAAUCCUUGUGGCCCGAAUGCUCAAUGUAAAGCUAUCGGAGACUCGCCAUCUUGUUCUUGUCUUUUAGAUUUUAUCGGUACCCCACCAAACUGUCGUCCGGAAUGUGUCAGCAAUAGUGAAUGCGCCUCUCAUCUUGCCUGUAUUAAUCAAAAGUGUAAAGAUCCUUGCCCAGGCAAUUGCGGACAAAAUGCAGAAUGCCGAGUAGUAAGUCACACACCAAACUGCGUAUGUCUUCCAGGAUUUAUAGGCAAUCCAUUUGUCAAUUGUAUUCAAAAACAACAAGACGUCGUUGUUGAAAGACCCACACCAUGCAUACCUUCACCUUGCGGUGCUAACGCAUUGUGUAGAGAACAAAAUGGAGCAGGUGCCUGUCAAUGUAUCGAUGAUUAUAUAGGAAAUCCCUACGAAGGAUGUAGACCUGAGUGUACACUUAACUCCGAUUGUCCAUCAAAUAAAGCUUGUAUUAAUAACAAAUGUAAAGACCCUUGUCCAGGAUCGUGCGGUGCCAAUGCACAGUGUCAAGUAAUUAAUCAUUUACCAUCUUGUACUUGCAUUGUAGGAUAUACAGGCGAUCCUUUCCGAUACUGUACUAUAGUCAUUGAAGAACCUGUAAUACCAGCAACUCUUAACCCAUGCCAACCAAAUCCAUGUGGACCCAACAGUCAAUGUCGUGAAAUAAAUGGACAAGCCGUAUGCUCCUGUCUCCCAGAAUACAUUGGAAGUCCCCCAGGCUGUAGACCAGAAUGCGUUGUGAGCUCUGAAUGUUUAUCAGAUAAGGCUUGUGUAAAUAAGAAAUGUAUUGAUCCAUGCCCGGGUACCUGCGGUUUAAACGCGAAUUGUCAGGUCAUAAAUCAUAGUCCAAUUUGCAGUUGCAAAAAUGGAUUUACCGGUGAUCCAUUCACUCGUUGUUACAAUGUACCAGAACUUCCACCUGAACCUGAAAGGCCAACAAUCAAAAAUCCUUGCGUACCAUCACCUUGCGGACCCAAUUCACAAUGUCAAGAUAUCGGCGGUCUACCAUCUUGUUCCUGUUUGAGAAAUUAUAUUGGGGCACCACCAAAUUGCAAACCGGAAUGUACAAUAAAUUCCGAAUGCCCAAGUAACCAAGCUUGCAUACAGCAAAAAUGUACGGAUCCAUGCCCUGGCUUAUGUGGCACUGGAGCUCAAUGUUCCACUUUUAAUCACAUUCCAAUAUGUACAUGCUUAGAAGGCUAUAUUGGUGAUCCGUUUACUGUAUGUAAUGUAAAGCCUGCCGAAGCACCCAUAGAACAAAAAGAUCCUUGUAAUCCCUCACCAUGUGGCUCAAAUGCUCAAUGUGAUAAUGGAGUUUGUACUUGUAUCAUCGAAUACCAAGGCGAUCCUUACAUUGGUUGUAGACCAGAAUGCCUUCUUAACAACGAAUGUCCAAAAAAUAAAGCUUGCAUCAGAAAUAAAUGUGUUGACCCUUGCCCAGGAGUUUGCGGCCAAAAUGCUGAAUGCAAUGUUAUUAACCAUAUUCCUAGUUGUACUUGUAUUAGCGGAUAUCAAGGAAACGCUUUUAUUAGUUGCAAUCUGAUACCACAGGAAGUCCCUAAAAAUCCUUGCAAUCCUUCGCCUUGUGGGCCUAAUAGCCAAUGUAGAGAAGUUAAUGGGCAAGCAGUGUGCUCCUGUGUUCCAGGAUAUAUUGGAAGUCCGCCAACAUGUAGGCCCGAGUGUGUUAUCUCUAACGAGUGUCCUUUGAAUAAAGCAUGCGUUAACCAAAAAUGUAUUGAUCCUUGUCCAGGAACGUGUGGGAUUAAUACAUUAUGUCAAGUUGUGAAUCACAAUCCAAUUUGUAGUUGCGUAUCAAAAUACACAGGAGAUCCAUUUACUAGAUGUAUUCCAAUCGUGGAGGAACCUAUUGUCUCAGUGGAUCCUUGUAAUCCAUCACCUUGCGGUCCUAAUGCUAUUUGUAAGGAUAUAGGUGGUUCACCAUCAUGUUCUUGUUUACCUGAAUAUAUUGGAUCUCCACCAAACUGUCGUCCAGAAUGCGUUAGUAACAGCGACUGUGCAGCUAACUUGGCUUGUAUAAACCAAAAAUGUAAAGAUCCAUGUCCUGGAAUCUGUGGUCAGAAUGCAGAAUGCAAGGUUGUUAGUCACACACCAAAUUGUGUUUGCAUCCCUGGUUACGUAGGAAAUCCCUUUAUACAGUGUAAUAUUAUAGAAGUUCCACCGAGAGAGCAAAUUAAUCCUUGUUACCCCUCACCCUGUGGUUCAAACGCUAUAUGUAGGGAAUCGAACAAGGCUGGUUCUUGUAGUUGCAUUGAAGGGUAUCUGGGUAAUCCUUACGAAGGGUGUAGACCUGAGUGUGUUUUAAAUUCUGAUUGUCCGUCAAAUAAAGCUUGUGUGCGUAAUCAUUGUGAAGACCCUUGCCCCGGAACCUGUGGUCAAAACGCGGAAUGUCAAGUUAUCAACCACUUACCAUCUUGUACCUGCUUUACUGGUUAUACUGGUGAUCCAUUCCGUUACUGCAAUGUAAUUACACAAGAACUUCCACAAGAACCAAUAAAUCCAUGCACACCAAAUCCAUGCGGGCCUAAUAGCCAAUGUCGGGAAGCUAACAAUCAAGCAGUGUGUUCUUGCUUACCUAAUUACAUUGGUAGUCCCCCUAGUUGUAGACCGGAAUGCACCGUCAGCUCUGAGUGUGCUCAAAACAAAGCAUGCAUAAAUCAAAAAUGUGUAGAUCCAUGUCCGGGAACUUGUGGUAUUAAUGCUCAGUGCAACGUUAUAAAUCAUAGCCCGAUAUGCUCUUGUAACGUUGGGCACACAGGUGAUCCAUUCACGAGAUGUUAUCCAAUACCACCUCCUCCUAAAGAACAACCGGAACCUGUUAUUACAAACCCAUGUGUACCAUCUCCUUGUGGUCCACAUUCAAUAUGUCAAAAUAUUAAUGGCGCUCCUUCAUGCUCUUGUAUUAGCAACUACAUAGGAAGUCCACCAAAUUGUAGACCAGAAUGUACAAUUAAUUCAGAAUGCGUCAGUCGUCUGGCAUGUAUUAACGAGAAAUGUAGAGAUCCAUGCCCUGGAUCUUGUGGACUUGGUGCCCAAUGUUCUGUUAUAAAUCACACCCCUAUUUGUAUCUGUCCUGAAGGAUAUACCGGAGAUCCGUUCACUAGUUGUAUAUUAAAGCCUGUACUACCAGCACCUGUUGAGGAAGAUCGUUGCAACCCAUCACCUUGCGGAUCAAAUGCAAUUUGUAAUGAAGGAAUUUGCACUUGCUUACCUGAAUAUCAAGGUAACCCCUACAUCGGUUGUCGACCGGAAUGUGUGCUUAACACAGAUUGUUCCCGAGAUAAAGCAUGUAUUAACCAAAAAUGCCGUGAUCCGUGCCCUGGUACCUGUGGUCAGAAUGCCGAAUGCUCUGUAAUUAAUCAUAUUCCAAAUUGUAACUGUAUACAAGGUUAUAUUGGGGAUCCAUUUGUAUUGUGUUCCAAAAUACCUCCAGAAAUACCAAAGAAUCCUUGCAAUCCGUCACCAUGUGGUCCAAAUAGUCAAUGCCGAGAGAUAAACGGCCAAGCAGUUUGCUCUUGUGUUCCUGGAUAUAUAGGAAGCCCUCCAACUUGCAGACCGGAAUGCGUUACUUCUACAGAUUGUCCAUUAAACCAAGCUUGUUUAAAUCAAGUAUGCAUAGAUCCAUGCCCAGGAACGUGUGGCUUAAACGCCUUAUGUCAAGUGAUCAAUCAUAAUCCGGUGUGUAGUUGUCAAUCUAGAUAUACCGGAGAUCCCUUCACUAGGUGUUUGCCUAUAAGAGAAGAACCGGUCGUAACAACAAAUCCUUGCGUUCCAUCACCGUGUGGUCCAAAUUCGGAAUGUAGAGAGAUCAAUGGAUCUCCGUCGUGUUCUUGUUUGUCAGAGUUCAUAGGAUCUCCACCCAAUUGUCGUCCAGAAUGUAUUGGCAACAGCGAAUGUGCAAAUCAUUUAGCAUGUAUUAACAACAAAUGUAAAGACCCGUGUCCAGGAACGUGCGGACAAAACGCCGAAUGCCGCGUAGUUAGUCACACCCCGAACUGUUACUGCUUACCUAAUUAUUACGGAAAUCCAUUCCAGUCUUGUGCAAUUGCCGAAGUUCCAGCUAAACCGGAAAUAACCAAUCCAUGCAUCCCAACACCAUGUGGUAUUAAUGCUAUUUGCAAGGAACAAAGAGGCGCAGGUUCAUGCGUUUGUAUACCAGAAUUUAUAGGCAAUCCUUAUGAAGGUUGCCGACCUGAAUGUUCAUUAAAUUCAGACUGUCCCUCAAACAAAGCUUGCAUUAACAAUAAAUGCAAAGAUCCUUGCCCAGGAACUUGCGGUCUUAACUCACAAUGUCAAGUUAUUAAUCACUUACCGUCGUGUACUUGCAUAUUUGGAUAUACCGGGGAUCCAUUCAGAAAUUGUUAUCUUAUACCAAAGGAAGAACCUGUUGUUGUACCUAGCAAUCCUUGUCAGCCAUCACCUUGCGGUCCUAACAGUCAAUGUCGCGAAAUAAACAGUCAAGCUGUCUGUUCUUGCCUCCCAGAAUAUACAGGAACCCCACCUAACUGUAGACCUGAGUGUACAGUUAGCUCGGAAUGUCCGCAAAAUAAAGCAUGUAUAAACCAGAAAUGCGCUGACCCCUGUCCUGGUACUUGUGGCUUGAGCACUCAAUGCACAGUUAUUAAUCAUAGUCCAAUAUGUAGUUGUCUCGCUGGAUACACCGGUGAUCCAUUUACUAGAUGUUAUACAUUGCCACCACCACCACCUAGCCCUCCAACCACAAUUGUGGAGACCAACCCCUGCGUACCAUCACCUUGCGGUCCAAAUAGUCAAUGCAGGAAUGUAGGAGGCAAUCCAAGUUGUUCCUGUUUAGUUAGCUACAUAGGGGCACCACCUAAAUGCCGACCAGAAUGUGUGGUCAAUUCGGAGUGUCCCAGUAAUACGGCUUGUAUAAAUAAGAAAUGUAUAGAUCCAUGUCCAGGAUCGUGUGGUAUCGGUGCAUCUUGUCGUGUCAUAAAUCAUAGUCCAACAUGCACGUGCCCUACAGGUUAUAUUGGAGAUGCUUUUAUUGCGUGCACACCUAAACCACUACCACCAACACCCGUAUAUCAAGAUUUAUGCUCUCCUAAUCCUUGCGGAGCUAAUGCUCGCUGCAAUAAUGGGACAUGCGCUUGCUAUCCUGAAUAUCACGGAGAUCCGUACAGAGAAUGUAAACCUGAAUGCGUUAUAAAUAGCGACUGCCCGCGAUCCAAAGCUUGCAUAAAUCAAAAAUGUGGUGAUCCAUGUCCAGGACUAUGUGGACAGAACGCCGAAUGUUCAGUAUUUAACCACCUUCCUAUUUGUACCUGUUUAUCUGGCUAUACCGGGGAUGCUUUUAUAAUUUGCAACAAAAUUUCCACACCCCCACCACCUUCGGACCCAUGCAACCCAUCACCCUGUGGCCCGAACAGCCAGUGUCGAAACAUCAACAGUCAAGCUGUUUGCUCUUGCUUGCCCAGUUAUCUUGGCACCCCGCCAAGUUGUAGACCCGAAUGUAUAUCUAGUACCGAUUGUACCCCUAGUAAAGCUUGCGUCAAUCAAAAAUGCAUCGAUCCGUGUCCAGGCACUUGCGGAAUAAAUGCCGUAUGCCAAGUUGUAAACCACAAUCCAAUUUGUAGUUGCCCUCCCCGAUUUUCGGGUGAUCCAUUCCUAAGAUGCAGCAUAGUAGUUGUAGAGGAACGCCAGCCUACACCACAAUCACCACCGAACCCUUGCAUACCGUCACCCUGUGGAGCGAAUGCUCAAUGUGAAACGACAGCAUUGGGAACUGCUCGCUGUUCUUGUUUACCAAACUUCUUCGGCGCGCCUCCAAACUGUCGCCCUGAAUGCGUUACAAAUAGCGAAUGCACCAAAAACUUGGCCUGUAUUAAUCAGAAAUGCGCUGAUCCUUGUCCCGGCUCCUGCGGGUUGAAUGCUCGUUGUCUGGUAGUCAACCACGUACCAAAUUGUAUGUGUAUUGACAAUUACGUAGGCGAUCCGUUUACAGUUUGUACAGUAAAACCUGCGCCACCACCGACUCCCGUACCAUCAAACCCAUGCAUUCCGUCGCCGUGUGGAACAAACGCCAUCUGCAGAACAGAAUAUUCCCACGACAGCGCCAUCUGCGAGUGUCUGCCAGAGUACUACGGCAAUCCGUACCAAGCUUGUAGACCAGAGUGUUUGAUCAAUGCGGACUGUCCGAGCAACAGGGCUUGCAUCAGAAACAAAUGUCAAGAUCCUUGUCCCGGUACUUGCGGUAUCAAUGCCCUAUGCACCGUUACCAAUCACAUUCCAAUUUGUACUUGCAACGAUGGAUACAGCGGAGAUGCAUUUAGGAUCUGUGAAAUUAUACGAUCUGAACCACCGAAAGAUCCAUGCAAUCCAUCACCUUGUGGAAUCAACACGGCAUGCCGCAUAUCAGGAGGAAACGCCAUCUGCGAGUGUCUCCCAGGAUUUUUCGGAAACGCCAAUUCUGGCGGAUGUAGACCCGAGUGCACAGUCAGCUCCGAUUGUCCGAGAGACAAAGCUUGCAUCAACACACGCUGCGCCGAUCCAUGUCCAGGCGUUUGCGGAUACCAAGCUGUAUGUAACGUCAUCAAUCAUAGUCCGGUGUGCAGUUGCCCUCAACCCCUGGUUGGAGACCCGUUCACUCUAUGCACCGAACCUGUAAAAGUUGAAGCAGAUCCUUGUAAUCCAUCUCCAUGUCGAGCUAACGGCCAAUGCCGAGUAGUCAACGAGGCGGCUGUUUGUAUAUAUCCUGAAUGUGUAAUCAAUCCAGAUUGUCCAAGAGACAAAGCUUGUUAUGCGCAAAAAUGCCAAGAUCCUUGCAGAGAUGCAUGCGGUCUUAACGCUCUAUGCCAAGUUGUAAAUCAUCAACCGGUUUGUUCGUGUCCUCCUGGAUACAUUGGAUCUCCGGAAGUCCAAUGCAAAUAUCAACCACCAGAACGUCCAGUAGAAAGAGUAGAAUGUAUACAAGAUACUGAUUGCACAAAUGAUAAGGCCUGUAUCAACACUCGCUGCGUAAAUCCGUGUCAAGCGGGUAUCUGUGGCCAGAAUGCAGAAUGCCGAGCGCAACUUCAUCGCGCAGUAUGUAUAUGUAGAGACGGAUUCACUGGAAACGCUCAACACGCUUGCGUCGAAAUUGGCUGCCGAGCUGAUUCCGAUUGUCCUCCAAUUCAAGCCUGUGUUAAUAGAGAAUGCGUCAAUCCAUGUUCGUACACUUCCUGCGGCGUUAAUGCUAUUUGUCAUCCCGAUGGCAAUCACAAAGCUCGUUGCUACUGCCCCACUAAUUUCCGUGGAAAUCCUUUAAUAAAAUGCGACCAGCCAGAAUGCACUAGAGAUGAAGAUUGUUCUUAUAAUUAUGCUUGCCGUAAUGAACGAUGUGAGAAAGCAUGUAAUUGCGGGCAAAAUGCCAUAUGUAAUGUUAUCAAUCAUGUUGGUCAAUGCUCAUGUCCACCUGGAUAUAUAGGCAACCCAUUGGUGUCGUGUAAAAUUGAAGCACGAAAACCGGAACCACAAUGCAGAAUGGACUCCGAUUGCCCCAGCAAGUUAGCCUGUUUCAGCGGGCUAUGUAAAAAUCCAUGUUUCGAAACUAAACCUUGCGGUAAAAAUACUGAAUGUGUCGUCGUGGAUAGUCUACCUCUAAGAACAAUGUCUUGCAUUUGCCUUAAAGGAUAUAUUGGUGAUGCAGAUACAGAAUGUAAAUUAGCUCCACAAGAAGAGCCAGGUUGUAAAUCCAACAACGACUGUUCGUCUGUCGAGACGUGCAUCAACCGGCAAUGCAUUAACCCAUGCACAAUAGGUCAUCAAUGUGCGCCAACAGCUAAAUGCGAAGCCAGAAACCACAAAGCAAUUUGUACGUGUCCACAACCUCUAAUAGGAGAUCCGUUUAUACGCUGUUACGAACAACCACGCCAACCGCCCAAACCUGAAUGUGUCUUCGACAGCGAAUGCUCUCUUGAUAAAUCCUGUAUCAACCAACGUUGUCAGAAUCCAUGUGCAUUAUCAAAUCCUUGCGGAACAAAUGCCGAAUGCGAGACCAGAAUCCAUCGACCAACAUGUGUCUGUCCAUUCGAUUGGGUUGGAAAUCCUCAAGUAUUAUGUUAUAAACCUGAAUGCAAAGCAGACAGUGACUGUCCUAAUGACAAAUCUUGCAUCAACGAAAAUUGUAUAAACCCAUGUACAACUACAUCCUGUGGUCGAGGUGCCGAAUGUAUUGCGCAAACUCACCGCGCUCAGUGUCAAUGUCCUUUGGGUACACAAGGAGAUCCAUUUGUUUCAUGUAUUACUGGACAAUGUCAGUAUAACGAGGACUGCGCUGACCACGAAGCAUGUGAUCGACUAAAUAGAGUAUGCAGACCAGUAUGCGACGAAGAAACUUGUGCCUCUACAGCACAAUGUAUAGGACGUAACCAUCAACCCGAAUGUCAGUGCCCAAUAGGAACUGUCGGAAAUCCAUUUGUUGAAUGUAAACUGCUUGCUAAACCCGAAUGUACUAUAGAUGCAGAUUGUCCUUCGCAACUUGCCUGUAUCAAUCAAUUAUGUCAGAAUCCAUGUCAUCAAAGUAAUGUUUGUUCUUUGGAGCAAGAAUGUCGAGUAGUCGACACAGUUCCCUUGCGUACCAUAAUGUGUGUAUGUCCACCUGACCAAAUGGUUGAUAGUUCAGGCAAUUGCAAACCAAUUUUACGCGAACAACCACAAUGCCAAGCAGAUACCGAUUGUUCCGACCCAGAUAAAUGCUAUAGAGGUACAUGCGUUAAUGCAUGCAGAUUAGACAAUUGUGGUGUUAAUGCAAUAUGCAGAGCAUCUAACCAUGUAACGCAAUGUUCUUGUGCACCAGGAUAUACCGGAAAUCCUCGACUCGAAUGUACAAAUAUUCCAAAGGCUCGGCCGGAAUUCCAGCCAGAGUGUGAGAGCGAUGGAGACUGUUCAAACGAUUUAGCGUGCAGGAACAACAUUUGUGUGAAUCCAUGUAGAGUAGAUCAACCUUGCGCCAAUAACGCAUUCUGUUCAGUAAAUAGACAUAAACCUGUAUGUAAAUGUCCUGAAGGAUACCAAGGAAGACCCGAGAUUGAAUGUAUAGCACCAACAACAUUGGCUCUCGGUUGUACAACUAAUUCAGAUUGUCCAUUAAGCGAGUCCUGCAUAAACAAAGUGUGCAUUAGCCCAUGUAACUGUGGACCAAAUGCUGAUUGCCGCGUUGUAAACCAUUAUGCUACCUGUUUCUGUCAACCAGGUUACUCUGGUAACCCUCAAACCGGAUGUGUGAAACUGGGAUGUACAUCAGAUAAUGAAUGCAGCGACGACCAACAGUGCUUCAACAGUCAGUGCAUUAAUCCAUGCAUUUUACAAGAUCCCUGUGCCAGAAAUGCCGAAUGUUUCGGAAGAAAUCAUAAGGCAACAUGUAAAUGUCCAUCUGGUUACGAAGGCGAUCCUUUCAUUCAGUGUGAGAGAUUAGAGUGCUACUCUCAUCAAGACUGCCCUAGUACUCGAGCUUGCUUAGAACAUCGAUGUGUUGAAGUUUGUUCAGCCGUUGCCAAUCCUCCGUGUGCACAAAAUGCGGUUUGUUACGCGCAAAAUCAUGCAGCCUCGUGUGUCUGUCCAGAUCAUUUACCAGAAGGAAACGCUAUAUCAUACUGCUAUCCAAAAACACCUGUUGGAGAAAAACCUAUUUGUGAAUUCGACUCCGAUUGUCCAAGUAAAUUGGCUUGUAUUGGCAAUCAAUGUGUAAAUCCUUGCGAAAAAAUAUCUCCAUGCGAUUCGACGGCUCAUUGUACCGUUAUCGAUACUAUACCCGUACGUACUAUGGCUUGUACUUGUCCUGAAGGAUGGGUUCCUAACAGUAAUGGAGAAUGUCAUCCUGUCCUUAUACCAAUACCACCAGGUUGCAGUAAAGACGACGACUGUCCCGACAACAACGCUUGUAUUAACAGAGUUUGUAGAACCCCGUGCGAUUGUGGUUCAAACGCUAUAUGUGAUGUUCGGAAUCACAAACCUAUUUGCUCCUGCAAAGAAGGUUUUGAAGGUAAUCCAAACAUUGCCUGCCGUACCAUCGGUUGUAGAAUCGAUUCCGAAUGCGAUUCGGGAACAGCUUGCAUUAAUGGUCAGUGUAUUAGCCCAUGCUUAGUGAAGAACCCGUGCGGUAUCAACGCCGAAUGUUAUGUAAAUAGAAAUCACCCUGAAUGUCGCUGUCUAAGUGGAUAUAGAGGAAAUGCAUAUGAUAGAUGUUUAGUUGUCGGAUGUUUGUCUAACAGCGACUGUCCUUCUGACAGACAAUGUAUUAAUGCUCAAUGUAUCAACCCGUGCAUAUUUGACAAUCCUUGCUCUCCUCGAGCUGAAUGUUUGGUUCAGAACCACUUGGCUCUUUGCAAAUGUCCCGAUGGUUUAAUAGGAAACCCUUACACAGAUUGCCGACCACAACCUCAACCAGAGUGUCGUGAAGAUGGAGACUGUCCAGCACAAUUGGCUUGCUUAAAUAGUAAAUGUCAAAAUCCAUGCACAGUAAUUCAUCCGUGUGAAAAUCCUGCCAAAUGUCACGUUGUUAAUAGCCUUCCCGUACGUACAAUGAAUUGCGUUUGUCCUCCAGGAUACAUCAGUAGCGGCAGUGGUACUUGUAAUCCAGUUACCGCAGUCGUGAAGGUUGGUGCCUGCAGGAGUGACAGCGAAUGUCCAUCCGAUAAAGCUUGUUUCAAUGCUAUAUGUCGCAAUCCAUGUAACUGCGGGCCUAAUGCGGAAUGUCGCAUUAAAGACCACAAACCCAUUUGUACUUGUCAACCUGGCUAUGAAGGAAAUCCGGAAAUUCAAUGCCAUAAAGUAGGAUGCCUUAGUGAUGAUGAAUGUUCUGGACAACACACCUGUAUCAACCGACAAUGCGUACCCGUUUGUCUACCUGAUAAUCAGCCGUGCGGAGAAAAAGCCAAAUGUAUCGGUAUUAAUCACCGAGCAAUUUGCGACUGUCCCCAAGGAUACAUUGGAAACCCACACGUGUCUUGCGUCUUAGUUGGCUGCAGAUCAGAUUCUGACUGUCCAGGAACCACAGCGUGUAUAAACAAUAAAUGCGACAAUCCAUGUGUAUCAGCAAACCCAUGCGAUAGGCCAGCAGAAUGUAAGACGUUCAACCAUAUUAUGGAAUGUGUAUGUCCACCCGGCACGGUCAGUGAUGGAAAAAUGGGUUGUUUGGAAAUCGAAGACAAAUGUAGGCAAGACAGCGACUGUCCGUCUGGACUCGCCUGCCUCAACGACAACUGUCAAAACCCAUGCUUGAUAACAGAACCUUGUGGAAUCAACGCCGAAUGUUCGGUAGUCGAUACUGAACCAGUAAGGACGAUGGUAUGUGAAUGUUUGCCUGGAUAUCAUGGAAAUGCCGCUGUAAGAUGUGAUAAAACACCACCAAUAACACCGAAAAUAUGUCACACUGAAAAGGGCUACGUACGAACGCCUACCGGUGAAUGUGUAUGUCCGCCCAAAACAGCUCUCAAUGACCACGACGACUGCGUUCCCUGCCCAAUCGAGAAAGGUCUAACAAUUGAUGAACGAGGUCGCUGCGUCUGCGCCCUAGAAAAAGGAUUGAUAAUUGACGAACGCGGAAACUGCGUGUGUCCCAUCGAAUAUGGUUACAGACUGGAUUCGCGCGGCAACUGCGUCCCAACAGCCGGACCCGAAUGUAAAACAGACGACGACUGCGCAGACAACAAAUACUGCAAUCUUAAUACGAAUACCUGCGACAACCCAUGCUUGAAGAAGAUCUGUGGAAUUAAUGCGGAAUGUACCGCUACGAAACAUAAAGGAAUUUGUCAAUGUAAACCGGGAUAUUCUGGAAUUCCCGAUAAAUAUUGCAAUAAUACAUCGCCAUACAGAACAGAUUUCCCAAGCCCCGAAAUGGUUGUCAGCUGUCUUUCAGACGGUGUCCAAGUCGAAAUACGCAUCAAUGUCCUAGAAGGUUUCAAUGGUGUGCUUUAUGUAAAAGGCCACAGCAAAGACGAACAGUGCAGAAGAGUGUUGACUUUACCACCUAGUUCCACAUUCAGACAAGAAUACUUCAAAGUCCAGUUUGGUAACUGCGGACUUAUUCACGUUAAUGGUAAAGCAAGUUUCGUCUUGGUAAUACAGAAACAUCCUAAGCUGGUAACUUACAAGGCACAGGCCUACCAUAUUCAAUGCGUCUACCAAACCGGAGAACAAAACGUAACUCUUGGUUUCAACGUUUCCAUGUUGACCACGGCUGGAACGAUAGCCAACACAGGUCCACCACCUACCUGUCUUAUGAAAAUCGUUACACCAACCGGCCAAGAGAUAAAUUCCGCCGAAAUUGGAGACAGUCUUAUACUACAAGUCGACGUCCAACCCGGAUCGAUUUAUGGAGGAUUUGCCAGAAGUUGCGUUGCGAAAACGAUGGAAGAUUCGGUGGAAAACGAAUAUUUGGUAACCGAUGAAAACGGUUGUGCCACGGAUCCUUCUAUAUUCGGCGAGUGGGAGUAUAAUCCUGACACUCAAAGCCUUCUGGCAACAUUUAAUGCUUUCAAGUUCCCGAGCAGUGACAAUAUACGAUUCCAAUGUAAUAUUCGAGUAUGCUUCGGAAAAUGUCAACCAGUCAAUUGUCACGGAUAUAACGCUUUUGGACGUAGGAAGAGAGCAAUUAGCCAAGAGAAUGAUACAGAUUCCGGUGACUUAUUGGCUGGACAACUAAGAGAAGAAAUCACAAUUCAAUCUAACGCCAUCCUAACUUUAGAAAGGCGAGAUGACCGUCAUGCAGAUACCUCACUAUCUCCGGACGCCCAACGCGCCGAAGACAUCUGCGUGUCGAUGAUCGGGUUCAUCAUCGCCCUCAUCAUCACUGCCCUGCUGGCGCUGGUGGCCGUCGCCGUGGCCGUUUCCUGCUGGCUGAUGGCCUACCGCCGCCGGCCCAAGACGACUGGCCCACUGCCCCAUCCGCCGGAGUUCCCCAACCCGUUGUUCACGACCCCGGAACCGAUGGUCGAGCCCAGUCCAGACUACCUCACGUAACCGGAACCCGGAAACUAGCUCCUAGGUUUAGUAAAUAUUGAUCCCGGAUCAAUCUCGAACCAACGAAUACUCGAACACGAAAUUUAUUUAUAUUUUUUUGUAUAUUUUCAGACGUCGUCCACCCAGUGCCGUUUUCACGCCUUUACCCCUGUAUCCGUCCUCAAAAGCUACUCACUCUCGUACUGCCAAAGGGGUAAUAGAUGUUGGAAACGUGCACAGGUGUCGCGUCGAAUGUAAUUUAGAAAAUGAGAAUACUUCCGGAAUGUUUACUGGCAUCCUACCAGAAACGUACGGCCAGUAGGCAAUCCGCCUAUCUUUUCCAGAGGCUAACUCUCGUAACUUCGACUUGAUCAAGGGAAUUUUCAAUAAUGGUGGUGGUUUUCUUCUAACUUCUUCAAUCCUAAUAAAAAAUAAUUCAAUUGUCUAAUUACCAGAAAGUCAUGUCGCCCUUGAAAACUCGUUUCCUAUUGUAUAUAAAUACGCUCGCUCGUAGCCUCUGGAAGACGUAGUACUUUAUAAGACUAUAGAUAUUUUAUGACCCCCUGUAUAAAGUGGAUGAAUGAUGAUGAAUGCGGAGUAUUAGUCUCCUUUUUUAUUUGGUGCUGACUGAAUUAUUUCUAUAAAAAACAGUCAUAGUCAAUUCCUCUUAUUAAUUUAAACUUAGAUUUAGCUGAGAAAAUAUUUCUACUAAAAAAAAUAUAAUUUGUACUAAACAAAUUCAAAGAUUGUAGCAUUAUGUACGUCAAUUGACAUAUCUAAAAUUGUUAAUUUAAUAUUACUAUUUGUAAUUCCGUCCAUAUUAAAUGUUAAUGAUGUUUGUGAUAAUUGCUUCUUUUAAUAAAAAUUUAUUUAAUAUUAA